AUGACAUCGUGGGCCUCGAGCAAUACUCUGAACCCGAGCAAUGUCGCCUCAACGCGACGCGGAGGCACACCGUCUUCGCUCGCCUUAUCCUCGACACCUAGCACUUCUUCAACAGCAGGAACAGGCGUUAUCGGCGCGUCCAGCGGCACCUCAGGAUCUACUGCUCGCGCGACGAUUAGUUUAGAGGAAUGGGAACGCAAAGCGCCGUUGAGCGAACUGCAGAUCCGCACCGUGGCGAAGGUGAUGAAGGCCACUGAGAAGGUCCCUUUGCCGCUCAAGUUUGCUGAAGAGCCUGACCUUCCUGGCACGCCCAUACCAAGUGCUGUGUCGCAGAGACUGGCGAACAAACUCCUGGCGCCUUCACGGCCUGGCACACCGGCAAACGCUACCUCCACCCCAGGAACACCACGAACCGCAGGGCCCACACAUGCACUGCACCCCUCACACCCCGUUCAAACACCACAACAAUUCUACGACUGGUUCGCCCUGAUCGACCGGUCUGUCGCACACUCCCAAGAAGCCCACUACCGCGCCCAUCUCUCGUCAUUGUCAACCCACCUCGAGACAUGCGACCUCCUGCUCUCCUCCAUCGCGUCAAUAGAGGAAGAAGUAGGUAGCAUGCUAGAGGGAUGGCGCUCAGUCGAAGAGGGAGGGAACACGCUGAAAGGUGCGUGUGAGAGGCUGCUGGAGGAGAGGGACACUUUGGUGGGAAUGGUGGAUGAGAUUGGGGGCACGCUGGAGUACUUCCAGGAGCUGGAGCAUGCGACGCGGAUGUUGAACCAUCCUGGAGAGUCGUUGAUUUUCCAGGCGGAUUUCUUGUAUAUGGUGGAGAGGGUGGAUGUAUGCAUUGAUUUUUUGAGGGGCCACAGACAUUAUCGCGAAGCAGAGGUCUACCUCCUACGAUUUCAGCAGUGCAUGACACGCGCCAUGACGCUCAUCAAGAUGAACUUUGUUGGCUCUCUACGUGCAUUAUCUGCAGAGAUAUCCAAACGGAUCUCGGACAAGGAGGUAUCAAUGACAGCCCAACACCACCUUCUCUACACCCGCUUCCUCUCAGUCGCAAGCCGAGUUUCACCUCUCCUUAGCGAACUCGAGCGACGUGCUGCUGCCUAUCCAGACGAGCUUGGUGCUCUGCUAGGAGAGUGCCGCAGUGCGUACUUCGCUACGAGGAGAGCGUUGUUGGUGCCCAGGAUCAUGGAGGAAAUCAGAGGUCUGGAUCCGGGCAGGAGCGAGUUGGUUGAGCUGACGAGAGCGGGAUGCAGCUACCUCAAGCAACUGUGCACGGAUGAGUUCUACCUCUAUCGCGAGUUUUUCAGUACGGCCGAGGAUCAACUCUAUCAAUACCUUGAAACGCUUUGCGACUUGCUCUAUGACGAUCUGCGACCGCGGAUCCUGCAUGAACCUCGCUUGACUGUGCUUUGCGAGGUGUGCACGGUACUGCAGGCGCUCAUGGUGCUCGACGCCUCCGGACCGGGUUCAGAGUCGGCAGCUUCCUCCAGCACACCCUCAGAAGCAGAUGAUUCCGACGAAGGUGACUCUGAAGAGGAAGACGAAGCCCCAGCUGAUUCCAAGUCCAAACCCACUCGAGCCCGGCGCUCUUCACGUUCCUCGUCAUCAUCGGAGCUCACGAUCGGGAUGGAGGCUGGCCACGAGAGAAAGCGGGACGCGGUUGGCAAACGCCUUCACACUGGCCACCUGCUCAAGAUGGUCCUCCAGGACGCGCAGACUCGGCUGUUCUUCAAAGCUCAAUCCGUCAUCCAGAGUGAGAUCCGACAUUACGUGCCUCGGCCGGAGGACCUGGCGUGGCCUGAUAUUCUUGUUGCUGCAAACAAACCUCUAGCAGACUACGCCCUCCAGGAAAAAGCGCCACCUUCAACCUUCCUCUCCCAAUCACUAUCUGACGCCACCAAAAAUCCAGCUCUGCAGAGACAAGAGACGUGGUACCCGACUCUGAGGAAGAUGGUGUGGGUCCUGGCGCAGCUGCAUGAUUUCAUCAAGCCAGCGAUCUUCGAGGAUAUCGCACAGGAGGCCGUGGGUGUGUGUAGGGCAUCGAUCGUCACCGCGGGCGAGGCGAUUCGUGUGGCGAAGGAUGCUGCUGCCGCUGCUCCGGGGCAGCCGGGCAAAGAUCAGCCAGCCCUGGCUCAGCAGAGAAGGACGACAGGUGCAUUGGACGGGGCACUGUUCACUGUUAGGCAUCUAUUAAUCCUUAAGGAGAUCUUGGCCAGUUUGGAGGCCGAUCUGAAAGAGAGGUCCGAUGAAGAUGGUAUCGGUUCUGGUGGUGGUAGGACCACCAGCAUUGGUGGGAGUAGCAAUGCUACUGGAGGCGGGUUGCUGAGCCCGCGUGGCCCUUCAACGGGUCGUGCGGUCGAGUUCGGAAGCUUAGGUGUUACUGUUGGAUCUUCGGUGUCUGGCGGAGUUGCCGAGACGUUGACAAACAUGCUCACCAAGACAACUUCGUACCUGCCUGAAGGCCUGUUUGCGUCGUUGGGUGUGACGAGGGGUGCCGAAAGUGAUUUGAGGGGUGUAAAAUUGGAAAUUGAUGCCAGCCUGCGCAAAGCGUGCGAGGACGUCAUUGCCGCAUGUUCUGCACCGAUAUGCCACCCACUCGAAUCAUGGGGUGCCCGCCUCAAUCCCUCAACUAAUCCAUCAGGCGGUUCUGGACCAGCAGGAGCGCCGCAAACCGCCCUUGCGACCUCUCUGAUCACCACAUCAACAGCAAUCACGCCACAAAUUAUCCAAGAGCUGGCAACAUCCGCACCCAAAACACAUCUCCUCUUUCUUGAAGCUAUCCAGCGCGACCUCCGUUCCGCCGUUGCACGGGUGCGACUAUACCUGGAGGAAGAACGCACAGCACGCGUCCUGCUCGAGCACGUCGUCGAGCGGGUGAGUGCAGUGUAUGAUCGGUUUGGAGAGGGUCUAGGACGAGUCGGGCUUGUAUAUAAGGGUACGGGCGAGGGGGGUGUCGAUUUGAUGGUUCCUGCGAAGCUGAGGGAGAUGUUGAGGGAAGUAUGUCGUGAUGAAGGACAAGGGAGCGCAUAG